UAUCGUUCUGGUUUUUACGCCAAGCAGGAUGGCGUAUUGGCGUUUCUAUGAAAUCAGGAAUAUAAAGCCACCGAAGAGGAGAGAGAGAGAGAGAGAGAGAGAGAGAGAGAGAGAGAGAUAAACUAGAAAGUGCAGCAUAUAUAUAGAGAGAGAGAGAUCGAAACUGCCGGCCCCAUUCCGUUUCUCUUCCUCAUGCUUGUCUCUUCACAGAAGAAAGAGCUUUUGCUUUGUCCGUUUCUCCCUUUCAUUCUCUGCUCACAACUCUUCAAUCUCCUUUCGCGGAUGUGAGGAGGUCGCGCCUUUCAUGAGCUUUUUUUGCACCCGAGCUGGAAUUUAUUGUGAAAAAUGAAUGGGAGUCAACAGAUGGAUGUGCAUUACGUGAAUACAGGCUUUCCUUACAACAAUCCUUCUGAAACCUUUAUGGGCUUUUUUGAAGGUCUUACUCAUGCACCAGUGCAUUAUCCACAUGUCGAAUCUUUUCAUGAGCAGGAAAAUGUGUACUGGUUACCGAAUGUGAAUUCAUACAAAUUUGGAGUUCACGGACAAGGAAGUGCUUCUUAUUAUGAUCCUUACGAGGUAAAUGAUCAGUUCUCAAGAAUGGAUAUCAACAGAAGGGCUUGGGACUACCCUUCAGUGCUGAGCAUUGAAGAACCUGCCGCAAUAGAUCUGGAUUCGGGAGGGAAUACAGUCAUGAAUAUGCAAGCGAUACCUGAAGAAAGCAGUCCAAAUCAUGAAAUGUCCGCUAGUUCUCAGGAGAUUUGGCAAGACAAUGUUGAUCCUGAUAACAUGACCUAUGAGGAAUUACUUGAUUUAGGUGAGGCUGUUGGAACUGAAAGUCGAGGUCUUUCCGAAGAACUUAUUAGCAUGCUUCCAACUUCAAAGUACAAGUCUGGUGGCUUCUUCUCAAGAAAAAAAUCAGGAGAGAGAUGUGUGAUUUGCCAAAUGAGAUAUAGAAGAGGAGAUCGACAAAUAAAUUUGCCAUGCAAGCAUGUUUACCAUAUGGAAUGUUGCACCAAAUGGCUUGGCAUCAACAAGACAUGCCCAGUUUGCAACACUGAAGUUUUUGGCGAGGAAUCAGAGCACAAAUCAACAAAUGUUUGACAACUAGAAAGCAAUAUUAUUGUGUUCCUUGCUGCAUUGCUUUUUGGCAUUUACUGUUCUUACUCAAUUUUGCUUCAUUUUUCUUUUUUCUUGUUCUUGUAUUGUCUAUCGGGGGUGGAGGGAUACGUAGGUGUAGUUUAGGUUUGGCUGUUCUUCGUGUUACACGUACUAUUUUGUAGAACUGUCUUGGCCUUUCAGAAUACAGUAAAUAUAAUGGAUAUCGAGGACCAA